UUUUUUUUUAUUCCCCCCGACUUUGUGUUGAUAUUUUACUAACUCCGCAUGCGCCACUCUUCCGCUCUUCCGCUCUUCGACAGUGAGAGAAAGGGACGGAGAGCGAUCGCGAAUAGCUCAGUUGUCGGAUCUGGCAUCGUCCUCGCUUUUGAUCCUUGGUUUCUUACUCGCGAUCGCAUUGCUGAUUUCCUUCUCAACGUUGGCUUUUCGAGGUUGGUGCGGUGAGGUGAUCGCCCUGCGUUUUUUUGCUGCCGAAGAAUGGAGAACUGAAGCCAAGGUCGAAGAUGUUCAAGGCGGCGCGAUGGAGGAGCGAGAAGAACAAGAUCAAAGCUGUGUUCAAGCUGCAGUUCCGUGCGACUCAGGUACAACAGACUGGAUUGGAGGCGGUAAUGGUGAGCGUGAUCCCAUCAGACGCCGGCAGGCCGACGGCGAGAUCGGAGAGGGUACCUGUGAUGGAGGGCAUCUGCGAUUGGGUGAAUCCGGUUUACGAGGCGGCGAAGCUCGUCCUGAAUCCAAAGACGGGAAAGAUGGAUGAGAAAGUCUACAGAUUUGUGGUUUCCGAUGCUGGAUCGAGCAAAGCUGAAAUUUUGGGGGAGGCCAGCUUCAACCUAGCAGAUUAUACAGAUGUUUUCAGACCAUCCUCUAUUGUUCUUCCUCUGAAGGGAUCCAACACAGGCGCAUCCUUACGUAUAAUCAUCCAGAGAAUGCAGGGUGAUGGUGAAGGAAGGGAAGGCAAUGGUAUUGAAGAAUUAACCACGAAGCGACAAAGAAGAACAUUGGAGGCUCAGUUAAGCAAGUGCGAUGAUGAGGAUGGUUUAGAAAUAAAUAAUCAGCCCAUGGUCAAGUUCCCAUCAAGCAGGGACAUCUCUCUCCAUAAUGCUGAUUCCAAUGGAAACCUCCAGAAGUCACACAGCUUUGGUGCCAUGUCAGCAUCAGGUUCUGAUACCAGUUCAGGAAUAUAUACACCAAGAGAAAAUGACAUCAAGCGUAACAAUGUCCAAAGGGACUCUGCUAGCUUCUUGUCUCCUCUUACCAACAAUGACACUCCUAAAAAGAUGGCGUUCAGUUCAGAUGACUUUUCAGGUACUUCAGCUCCGGAUGCAAGUGCAGAUGCAUCCACAAGUAGUUCGGGUGAUGGUGGUUUGAAUGAGAUAUCACAUGAUUUAGAGGACAGCUUUGAGAAAUUAAAGGGUGAUGUAGAUAAGUUAACUAGAAAAUUGGAAGUGUCAGAUCUGGAGUUGCAGACUCUGCGAAAGCAAAUCAUCAAGGAGAACAAGCGAGGGCAAGACCUUUCAAGGGAAAUGAGUGACUUAAAAGAAGAGAGGGAUGCACUUAAAAGAGAAUGUGACAAACUCAAGCUCUUAGAGAAGAGGAGAAAGUUUGAUGGAACUACUGGCAUGCAGCAUGAUGCAGAAAAUCAUCUUUCUUUACUUGAAGAAAUUCAGCAAGAGCUAGAUCACGAGAAAAAUCAGAAUGCCCAUCUUCGCUUGCAACUAAAAAUGACAGAAGAAGCAAACUCUGACUUGGUGCUUGCUGUAAAAAAUCUAGAGGGAAUGUUGGAACAGAAGAAUAACGAUACCCUAUGUGCUAAAUGUAGUAAAAUGGAAAUGAAAGACACAGUUGAUUUGGAACUUGAAGAUGCUAAAUUGGGAAAUGGACUUUCACAGCUACAUAAAUCUGAUUGUGAGCAACAAGUACUUGCAGCAAUUUCUGAAAGUGACAAUGAAGAGGAGUAUGCAUUGGUUGCACUUGUAAAUGAACAUGAUGACAUGAAGACUGCUUACUCACUGGAGAGCAAGAUAAUUGAUCUCAAUAAUGAAGUAGAAUUUUACAGGAAAACCCACGAAGAGCUAGAAAUGCAAAUGGAACAACUUGCUCUGGACUAUGAAAUUAUGAAGCAGGAAAAUCAUGAUGCCACAACAAAGCUGGAGCAAAUGCAACUACGUGAACAACUCAGGAUGCAGUAUGAGUGUUCUGCACAUUUAUCCAUUAUCAGUGAUCUUGAGAUACAGGUUGAGUUAUUGGAGAAAGAUCUUCAGAAACAAACUGAAGGGAUUGAAGCAGAUAUAGCAACCGUCACAGUAACUAAAGCUGAGCAAGAAAAAAGGGCCAUACUAGCAGAAGAGGCAUUGAGAAAAACAAAAUGGAACAAUUCCAAGUGUGUUGAGUGGCUUCAAGAGGAGCUCAAAAGUCUUUCUGUGCAUAUGUUAUCCACAUUUCAAGCUAAUGAGAAGAUAGUCAUGCAAACACUUAAAGAAAAUGCUGAAUUGCAAUCACAAAAAGGUGACUUAGAAAGAAUUUUGGAUAAAUCUAAUAAAGACAUGGUGUUAUUACAGGAAAAGUAUCGAGUAAUACUCAAACAACUAAUUAGCCUAAUAGAUAUCAAGUCAAGAGAUGUGGAAAGGUUGCUCUUGGAACUAAAGGAUAAGACUAAAGAACUAGAGAAUCAUAAGUUGUCUGAGGAAGCAUCACGAAACAACUUCAUACGAGAAUUGCAGUUACUCAAAUCUGAAGUGGCAAAUCUCCGUGCAGAGAAAUCUUUCCUCUCGGAACAGACUGAAGAAAAAGAAAAAUUGUUAGUUGAGGCAGAGCUACUGAGGAUGAAAAACAUAGAAAGUGAGAUAACUUCGCAAGAUAGAAAUUUAGAGAUUGAUUUACCUAGGAAAGAGAUAGAAGCUCUCAAGGAGAAAGUAAGUAAAUCACUGGUGGGGAUUAAUGGCCUCAUCUGUACCAAAGGUGAAGGAGAUGCUAUUCUUGAUAAUACGAAAUCUGAUGCCUCGGUGUUAAAGUGGAAUUUAUUGAAGCUUGUCUCAUUUGAAAAUGAAAUGGGAAAGCAGAAUCUGAGGAAAUCAGAUUCACAGUCAAAGGGCAGAGUUUUGGAGGAAAAGCAGAUGACCACCGGCAUGGAGGAAGAAAGUGACUGCAACAUGGCAACUAGUACAAAUGGAGCAGAGCUAAUUGAUUCAUUGAUGGAGGACUCAGAGAAGAAUCCAAGCAAGACAAUUGAAUUAAUGCAAAGAAGUAUACAGGAUGACAAGAAUUUUCAUCAAAUGUCAAGAUUCAUUACAAACAAUAUUCAGUGCCAUAUAGAAUAUCUGCAACAGCCAAAGGAAGAUGAAGGAUGCAUACACAACUUGAAUGUCACAGAUAAAAAAUCACAGAAAAGGUGUGUUGAAUCUGACUUAGAUGAAGCCAAACUAGUUUCUGCUUCUUCUUCUACCUCUGAUCAGAAGGUGACAGAGAACGAAUUAAAUGAAAUGGCACAACUGAAGGAACAAAAUGAAUUGAUGGUUUCUGAACUGAAAGAAAUGCAGGAAAGGUAUUCUGACAUAAGCUUGAAGUUUGCAGAAGUAGAAGGUGAAAGGCAACAACUCCUCAUGACAAUAAGAAGUCUUAAAAAUGCUACAAAAAAUUAGUCUCUUUAUCCUUUGUCUUGUUUUUUUGGUAAUUGAAAGGAGUUUUCUGUAUAGGCAAGCAAUUGGGAUGCGGCCACUCCUUAGCAAAUCCAUGGCUUGCAUGGCUACUAUAGUUUCUUUUAGCAAAUAUAAUGUGUAAAUUGAUAGCAUAUAAUUUGUUCAUUAGAGUGCAAUAUAUUUUGCUGAAACACAGUGAUUCCGGUUGUGCUAACUUUGAGAAGUAAUACAGAAAUCUAUUGGUAUUUGAACUUUUAGUUUGUUCCUGGAAAGCAAAAAAAAUCCUUUUUUUCAAGGCA